GCCCCAUGACUCAUUUAAAAGCAGAACACCUCCCUGCACCUUCCCCUGACCGAGACUGUCUAAAGUCUAUGCACAGCAGUGUCACCAGCUGCCACCAUGCCUGCAGACUUCAAUGGAAGGUGGAUACUGGAGACCAGUGAGAAGUUUGAGGAUUAUUUAAAAGUCCUGAAUAUUGACUUUGCCACAAGAAAAAUUGCCAUCUCCCUGUCUCAGACCAAAGUGGUAACUCAAGACGGAGACCACUUUGAUUUCAAAACACUGAGCACCCUGAGGAACUACGAGCUCUCCUUCACCGUUGGGGUCGAGUUUGACGAGUACACCAAGGGACUAGACAACAGAAAUGUCAAGAGUCUUGUGACCUGGGAAGGAGACAAGCUGGUGUGCACUCAAACAGGAGAGAAGGCCAACCGUGGCUGGAAACACUGGAUUGAAGGAGGAAAACUUUACCUGGAGCUGACGUGUGAAGACAUAGUUUGCAUUCAGGUGUUCAAGAGAAAAGAGUGAAUGCUUCAAUUUCUGUUUCUGUUUAGGUCUUUUGUUUGCUCACCAUUAGCAUGCUUUCCCAGAAUAUAUGGAUCAAAUGAAUAAAGGUGCUUUUAAUAAAAGGAAUCAUGCUGUGUAACAAACGCAUCUGUUGCCAUGUGAAAUAAACUUUGGGUUUAGAA